AUGGCGACAAUUUCGGGCUAUAAACAAUUGGAGCCAGGGUUAUCACAGAUUCGUUUGCUCCACCUACUACCCCUGCGAACCAGACAUCACCAAUCAUCAGCACCAUGGUAUCAAUGUGUCAGUCUCGAAUGCACCUUCGAGACAGUACAUCUAGCAAGUGCUCCGCCUUUUGAAGCCCUAUCAUACACAUGGGGUGAGGAAGCUGCCUCGGUUCGCAUUCUUUUGAACGGAAAGGUAUUUCUCGUACGACCUAAUCUAGCUCACGCCUUGGCUGCCCUGCGUGUCUCAGAGCCUCGCGUGCUCUGGGUUGACGCGCUAUGCAUAAACCAACAAGAUACCACAGAGAGGAAUCAUCAAGUCGGAAUGAUGGGCGGCAUCUUUCGUCAAGCAGAGCGAGUAUUGGUCUGGCUUGGACGACCUAGCUCUGGCUGGGACUCACAAGUUGCAGGCGCCCUCAAAAUGGCAGAGAGACUUGGUGACAAUCCUCCAACCUCAAAACUUCCACCGACACCACCUCAACCCAACCCCCAUCACGAAUUGGAAUUUUCCCAAUGGAUCGAUCUCUUCCCGGAACACAUCGAAGAUCGCAAUGACAAGGAGGUGCAUGCAAAAGGUCCUUCCAAGUCGCUUAUAUCACAUUGGGAAGCAUGCUUUGAUCUAGGAUGUCACUGCUGGCACCGAGCGGCACAAAAACGUGAGAAAAAGGCACGCGAGUUGAGUCGAGCGAAGUGGCAAGAACGCCUAGAUCGGCAGCGUCAACGAUGGUGUCAAAUGGGAAUUGAGCAUGCACUACACAAAAAGAGAGUGGAAAGACUUCCCAGUAUGAUCGAAGACACACAAAAAGACCUACCGUUCUUGGAGAAAAUGGAAAAAGAACUACCCAGGCUCGAAGCUGAAGAGAUCAAACAAGAAAAGCUACUCUACGACCUAAGGCUUUUGGAAUCUCAGGAACUAGUAUUACUAGAUGCACCUCAGCAGCGACUAUUACAAGACUUUCACGAUAGUCAAAUUCGAGCCUACCAAGAAUUGAGCAAUGAAAAUCCUCAAAAGUCGCCAGACAUGGAUCCUGAAUUUUGGAAUCAAGCUCGUCCAAUUGCCCAUGUAUCUGGCGGAGAUGACCAAGCGCAAGGAGAGACAGAAAGGCUACUCUACGAAAUAUUAGCUGAUCUGGGAUAUUUCCAACGAUCGAUCACUGAUCUUCGUAAACGGGUUCAGGGAGAACCGGCAUCGCCAUUACUGAGAGAGAAGAUUGGUCAUAUUGAGAAGAUGCAACAACUGGAUAUAGAUCAGCGCCGCGGCCUUGGCAAGUUACAAGAACGGCUGCAAACAUGGCAGCGACCAACAGACAAACAGUACGGAGAAGGCCUGAAACUACUGGAAUCACAGGUCGAGGAGUUUGACCGACGAGUCGAAUCUUGGGCAACUCUUCAAAAGGUUGAGAUGGAAAAUUUUGGGGACCUUCCCAAGUUCAUCUAUGAGAAAUGUGAAUCAUUACAGAGCUUCAUAGAACGACAAUGUCAAAACCUCGAGACGAUGAGAUUGAGCCAGGGGUUACUCAGCUCUGGUGUGGACGCGUUCCUGACGGAUGAGGAACUUCGCAUCUCAGAAAAGCUCAAAAGUAUCAAACAGGAAAUUCUCAAUCAACACUUCGUCCUGCGAAAUACGGAGCUGAGGAGAUGGGGAUUCGAGUUGGUUCUUCAGCAAUGUGACAAAUGGCGCUCACAACGUGACAAAUGGCGCUCAAACAUGUACGAGAUAAAAAGGCACCGCAACAAGAACAGGAUCCGAGAAGAAUCCAUCAACGCUCAGCUUGAAUGGGUCCAACUAUGGAAGGAUAUGGUAGCAUGGCAAUCUAAGGAGUGGCAUGAUCUUGUCUUCACUCAGACUGAUUCACCUCUCGGGUUGCCUGAUAUCGAUCUGCUCAGCCUAGAAGGAAUUUGUCGCCUACCAUACUGGAGACGCCUUUGGAUAGUUCAAGAGGUGCUCUUGGCGAAAGAGUUGGUUUUGUGUUUUGGAGACAACACGAAGACUACUACAUCUUGGGAUCUAUUCACCAAGACCCGAGAAUCCUUGGAGCGGAUCCCUAGCUCCUGGCAAUUUAGUCCAGCUGUCGAUGCAUCUCUAAAGGAGAUCAAAAAGGCUUUCCCGCUCCAGUUGGACAAACUACGAAACGAAAACGGACAAUCCUGGUCAUUACACAAUCUUGUGGAUAUCACCGGGAACUCUUUAUGCCAUGAUCCUAGAGACAAGGUAUACGGUCUUCUUGGGAUUACCAGCGGUUUUCAGUUUGGAGAUUUCGACGUCAAAUACCAGGAUGCGGUGGAGGAUGUUUACCGGAAUGCGAUUCUAUGGUAUCAUUCGAAGCAUGGCGAGGACGUAAAAUCUCCCAAUCUUGUGAGGUUUAGCCAGCUUUUGCAGAGGUCGCUCAAAAGCCAUCAAGAUACGCAAAGCUCGCAUACUUCUACGCCAAGCUCGAAUGCCUCUACACAAACCUCGAAGGCCACCGCUACUCCACUGUCUCUGAAGAGGAAUCUACUAUCUGGAUACACGGACAAGUUUUGCAUGAAGGGAAUGUCCGGUGUCCCUCUUCUUCCCAUCGACAAAUUGAUCGGGGAUCAAGCCUUGAUGCAAUCACGACGUCGGGACUGGAUCAGUACUCUGGUUGAGUAUUUUGACGACUCUGGAUUUCGGGGGCCAAAGGCAGCCAUAGAAGAGGAACUGUUGUAUCUUGACUCCGUCAGUACGACUUUGUCCAUGCCGACUUCUUCUUCAGCACACGCAGUUGUAGAGGAAGAGGAAUACAUGACCGACGAACCUAGCCCGGAGAUAUACCCCUCCCGCGAUAGAUCAGGGCAAGGGCAAGAACCGCUUUUCUUCCUUACUGUCGACGGCGAAGUCGGUAUUUCGUCAACUUGCAUUAGAGAAGGUGACCUCCUAUGCAGAGUUCCGGGCUCAGAUCUAGGUGUAAUCCUUCGCCGAGGAAAGGGUCAGUACAACUUGGCCAGCAAAGCGAUCGUGUCGUCCAUCACGAAAACAGCAAUGACCAAAGGAGAGAGCUCCCGGACUGUGCAUUUGACGCUUGAUAUCACAUCAAUCCUGUCCCUUACAACACCUCUGGAUAUCGUAAACAAGUACGGAAACCGAGAACCUCUGUGUAUUCAAGAAUCUUCAUUUGGGUGGUAUGAGUUCAUCGCUUCGGGGGUUGAUGUGACUUCCAGUCCUCCACGUCCAAAGCCAAAGAUCCAAACAGCAGAUGAUCUGUCAGAGGCCGAGCAAGAACCAGAACCAGAACCCACUAUCGCCACAAAGUUCAAGGUGAGGACAAGGGUCUUCUCCUCUGAACAGAGUUGGGUGACCGACGGUAUAUCGAGACUCAUGUCGGUAGCGCCCAUGGUCAGCCUGGAUAUCAAUGAGGCAUACCCGGCAUUGCACUACCCUGACCUCCCCACAGUCUCGUUAACUGUCUACUCUAGCCCGCGAGUCAAUGGCCUCACUAUGAUGAAAGGCACACAAGAAGAGCCUCGCAGCUCCAAACUACCCACGUUCAAACCGACAAGAUCCUCUUGGCGUUUCAGACUUAAGCUCAAGCAUGUACCAUGGAAAGAACCGACUGUUCAGUCGAGUCCAGUUUCGCAGGGAGGAGAGGUACGCCAGGCGAUAUCUAGGUGGUGGAGUCGCAUUGUAGAUUAA